AUGGAGGAGAGAAAUGAUGGCGAGAAGCUGGAAGAAAUUAUGCUUCCUGGUUUUAGGUUUCAUCCAACAGAUGAAGAGCUUGUUGGGUUUUAUUUAAAGAGAAAGAUUCAACAGAGACCUCUCUCAAUAGAACUUAUCAGACAACUUGACAUCUACAAAUAUGAUCCAUGGGAUCUUCCAAAGUUAGCGACGACCGGAGAAAAAGAAUGGUAUUUCUAUUGCCCUAGGGAUCGAAAAUAUAGAAACAGCGCACGGCCUAACCGAGUAACCGGUGCCGGAUUCUGGAAAGCUACUGGAACUGAUCGGCCUAUCUACUCCUCUGAAGGUACCAAGUGCAUUGGCUUGAAGAAAUCCCUUGUUUUCUACAAGGGCAGAGCUGCUAAAGGCAUCAAAACUGACUGGAUGAUGCAUGAGUUUCGCUUACCUUCUCUCACUGAUUCCCUCCUUCCCCACAAGAAAUUCAUUGACAAAACCAUCCCUGCAAAUGACUCAUGGGCAAUAUGCAGGAUAUUCAAGACAAACUCAACGGCUCAAAGAGCUUUAUCUCACUCCUUCGUUUCCCCACUUCCUGAAACCAGUACUACAUCUGAUCAUGACAUAUCUAACAAAGGUUCAAAUAAUACCCAGUUCAGUUCUGAUUCAAUCUCAAUCUUGACUACAAGCAAUUCUUCCAUCCAUUUCAACCAUGAAAAUUUUGAUCAUCAUAUUGUACAACAGCCUGUUUCUCCUUUAGACCAUUUCUCCACCUCCUACAAACCUUUGAUAAACCCUAAAAUGGCUGCAACAAAACCAUCUCCUCAUCAUCAACUUCCCAUGACAGGAGACCUAACCAGCUUCAUAUUUUCUCCCCUUGAACUCUCAUCACCUCCGGCCAAACCCACCGUAGACCUUUCCUCCAUGCUCCUAAACAUGUCGUCUGCUUCGAUGCUUGGAGAUUAUGGUACUAGGUCAGGUUCAGAAGGGAUAGAUUUCGGUGCAUCCCAAAAUCAUCAGUGUGAUCAUGGCUUCUCAAUGAGUUUUCCAGUACAUGAUCUUCAAGGAAAUACUAAUAAUGUUAUGAACGAAGGUGGUCCUUGGCCGGAGACCAUUACUACUCGAUCCUCGAUGGGAUUUCCACCAGGAUUAAUUAGUUUGCCUGUUAGUGUUAAUGGUGAUCAUCAUGGUUUGAGGUCAAGCUUUCUAUGGGAUCCUACAUUUUGUCCUACUUGA